UGGUGGUUCAACUGGUUUCAACUCUUACGCUGGUCAGUUAGCUGUUAGCGUACAGGAUGGCUCAGGUCAAUGGACCGAAGAUGAUUACCAGCGGGCACAGUCAAGUAGUGUUAGUCCUCGAGGAGGUUACUGUAGUAGCGCUUCAACGCCACACAGUUCAGGUGGUUCAUAUGGUGCUACAACAGGAGCUGCAAAUGGAUAUGGUUCUACAACUAAUAUGGGUACGCUAUCAUCUUCACCAAGUAGCGUUUUUAAUUCGACUUCGAGAAUGAGCAGCUUGAGCUUUAACCCAUUUGCUCUGCCCACUUGCAAUACACAAGGUUACAGCACGAGUCAACUGGUUACUUCAUCCAAAUAAUAUUACUAUUAAUUGGCAGAAGACCAAACGGAAUCAAAAUAACGCAGUUGUAAAGGAAUUAUCCCGAAAUAAAAAUGAAUACUCAUAAGAAGUAUCUCUUAUACCCAUAUCAUAAUGGACAUAUCCUUAAUAUCCUGUUGCUUUCCUUAUUAAUUACAUUAACCAAGUUAAUGAAUUAUUAAAGCGUGCAAUAUUCGAUGUAAAAAUUAAAAUUAAUGUUUCGUAGCUGUAAUUUGUGUAAAGGAAAAACUAAU